AUGGGUUGCAUGUGUUGCAAGCCUUCUGCAAUUGAGGAUAGUAAUGAGAGUCCGAGGGAGCGUUUGUCGAACAAAGCUGUGGUUGAUUCGCGUGUGUCUAGUAGAGGGACUUCCUCGAGGAGGGAGGAAGUGUAUAGGGUGAAGGAUAGAGGUGAUAGUAACAAUGAUGCGAGAACGGCAUUAAUUGAUAAACAAGGACAAGGGAAUGGGUCAGUUAGAGUUCAUGGUGAUAAUUUUGAAAGGAAGAGGGAGAAAAUGGAGUAUGUUGUUGCUCAACAUCCAGGGAUUGGUACUGUUCCGAAAGCCUUGGAAGGAGAACAUGUUGCGGCUGGAUGGCCGUCAUGGCUGGCUGCUGUUGCUGGUGAAGCAAUCAAGGGAUGGCUGCCACGACGUGCUGAUUCUUUUGAGAAAUUAGAUAAAAUUGGUCAGGGAACUUAUAGUAAUGUUUAUAGAGCCCGUGAUCUUGAACAAAGAAAGAUUGUUGCUUUGAAAAAAGUGAGGUUUGAUAAUCUUGAGCCUGAGAGUGUUCGCUUCAUGGCAAGGGAAAUUCACAUUCUACGUAGGCUUGAUCAUCCAAACGUCAUUAAACUGGAAGGCUUGGUUACAUCAAGGAUGUCGUGCAGUUUAUACCUUGUGUUUGAGUACAUGGAGCACGACUUGGCUGGGCUUGCAUCACAUCCUGGACUCAAGUUUACAGAGUCACAGGUUAAAUGUUACAUGCAGCAACUUUUACGCGGUCUUGAUCACUGCCACAGCCGUGGUGUGCUGCACCGUGACAUUAAGGGUUCCAAUCUUUUGAUUGACAACAAUGGAGUAUUGAAAAUUGCUGACUUUGGUUUGGCGAGCUUUUUUGAUCCCAAUCUAAAUCAGCCACUCACAAGCCGAGUUGUCACUCUUUGGUAUAGGCCACCUGAGCUUUUACUUGGAGCUACUUAUUAUGCCACUGCUGUAGAUUUAUGGAGUACAGGUUGCAUACUUGCUGAGCUGUAUGCUGGCAAGCCUAUAAUGCCUGGUAGAACUGAGGUGGAGCAAUUACAUAAAAUUUUUAAACUUUGUGGUUCGCCUUCUGAGGACUAUUGGAGAAAAUCAAAAUUGCCUCAUGCAACUAUAUUUAAGCCUCAACAACCCUAUAGGCGUUGUGUUGCUGAAACAUUCAAGGACUUUCCUGCACCUGCAAUAGACCUGAUAGAGACACUCUUGUCCAUAGACCCUGCUGAUCGUGGAACUUCAGCAUCUGCUUUGAUGAGUGAGUUCUUCUCAAUAAAGCCUCUACCAUGUGAUCCUUCAAGCUUGCCAAAGUAUCCUCCUAGCAAAGAAUUUGAUGCCAAAGUACGGGACGAAGAAGCUAGACGACAAGGGGCAACAGGAAGCAAAGGCCAGAGACAUGAUCCUGAGAGAAGAGGUGUAAGAGAAUCUCGGGCUGUACCUGCACCUGAUGCCAAUGCUGAACUAGUUGUGUCAAUGCAGAAGAGACAAGGUCAGAACUAUUCUCAAAGUAGAAGUGAGAAGUUUAACCCUCAUCCUGAAGAAGCUGCUUCUGGAUUUCCUAUUGAACCCCCUAGACCAUCACAAGUUGCAGAAGCAAGUGUUGAUCCCCAAGCAAAUCAACAUAAAAGAGCCUCACAUUCAGGUCCACUUACUCACCGUGCUGCUUGGGCGAAAGCUGGGAAGAACCAGGACGAUGCUCCAAAGAUUUCAGUGGGGGGUGACUUAUCUACAAUCUCGGGCUUAGUUGCAGCCAGGAGGAGUAUGCUGUCUGAUGAUCGCAGAGAAAGUUCUGGAUCAUCACAAGUGGAGGCUCCAAAACUAAUUACUAGGUUCCCAGGUUCCUUCAAAGAGGCCUCUGAAUCAUUGAUGCAACAAAAUCAAAAUCAGAAGCAUCAUGUACAUGCUUCUCAAAAGGAAGAAGCGAAAGGCAACAACAAAGACCCAAAUGUUGCUGGUUAUGGUUCAAAAGGUUAUAAAAUUCAUUAUUCUGGUCCAUUGCUAGUUCCAUCAAGCAACAUGGACCAGAUGUUGAAAGACCAUGACCGCCAAAUUCAAGAAGCGGUCCGAAGAGCACGUCUAGACAAGGCAAAAAUGCGAAGACUCCAAGCUGAAGGGAACCAGAUAAGCAAUUCUUUAUUUGUUUCCGGCCGUUGA